GGUCUAGAAAACUGCCGUCUUCAAAUUCGCAAUUACCCCGUCGCACCCCGUCCUACUCCUAGAGGCUUGAGUGCCUCAAUUGUCCACACCAGCGAGCAAGCAUAUUCCGGCCCUAUUUUGUCGCACCAGAUGUUUCACUGGUCGAUAUAAGCUAUAUCCUAGAAUCAGGCCGUGUCGUUUAUCUCUUCAUCGUGUACUCUUACCACCAGUGUCCAUUAUAUCCAUUAUAUCCAUUAUUCAGCCUUUGUCCCGAAUGCCCCGUCCCCAUUUUGCUAGCUAGUCGGAUCCUCGGAGACUUAUCUUAUACCGUAAUUGCUUUCCGGGCUCGAUCAUUAGAUAGACUGAACGUUGUGGGCUCCUGUUAUAGUCCUCAGUUCGUGUUGAGGACCCGUCCAUCCGCUAGACUGAGAGAACUACCCGCGAGCAUGUCCGGCGCCAUUUUGUAGUCGGUACUUUCCUAGCCCCAGAUCGGGCCUAUCGUCUAUAUACCAUGUGACGGCUUAACAUAUUUGAACGGCUGGAUUGCAAGACAAUAAUUUUACUACCCGGAGGCUGAAUUAGGUAGUAUAACGACGAUCAUUUUUUCUGAAAUGGAUUCGACGGACGAAGCGUCCCAAGACGCAUCUUCGAACUCUCAACCUCCCCGGCCGCCAACGCCAGAAGAUAAGGAUGACGACAAUUCGGCGCCUAAGAAACCGAUUGUUCGGAAGCGAACGAAGACCGGUUGUCUCACUUGCCGAAAGCGCAGAAUAAAAUGUGAUGAAGGAAGGCCAACUUGUAACAACUGCUUGAAGUCGAAACGGCAAUGCGAAGGAUAUAGCCAAAGGGUCGUCUUUAAAGACCCUCUCGGCGCAUUUGCCAAUGCUUCUUAUGGUCCCAUCCAUUAUCCAGCGCCUUCUCCUCAGGCGCUGGUAAGAGAGCAACAAUUAUCGGCAGCGCAGCAAAGGUCUUCGUCGCAAUCUUUACAGAUAAUCGCCCCUAAACCCCCACCAGCAGGAUACCAUCAACUUGUUGCUCAGUAUGGCCAUGGAUAUCACGGCCAGGCAGGACAGACCUCAUCGCCUCCUCUGAACUUCGAUCCGAACGCAUUUGGACCUCAACCUGCACCAUCGAAAUACACUUUCAUUUCGCCAGCAACUGUCGAUGCAUUCUCACAAUCUCAAUGGAGGCCAGACCAACCGGCGAACUUUGGUCAGAAUAUCUCUCAUAUUCAACCAGAGCAUCAUCAACAGCAGCAUCAUCAGCAACAGCAACAGCUAGACAACUCUCAGCUUGACAAAGGCAAAGCUCGCGCUGAAUCCGUAGUGUACAUACAGGCUGAUGCAGAACCAGAACUCGAGGAAUGGGAAUACCCUGUCUCGGACGAUGAAUCUAUGGUAGAGUCGGAUGAUAUGCCGAUUGGUGAGCGGCGCACCUCACUUGACUUCAAUGAACUCGGAGUCGUUGCUCUCAAUGAUAAACAAAUAGCAGCGGUGUUCUGGCAUUUUAUAAACGUGACCGGACCUAGCAUCUCUCUUUACGAAAGACAUCCUUUCGACCCAACUCCCCUUUUCCAAGGAACAUCAAUACCGAAGGCACGCCAACACAUUUGGACCUACACGUUCCCGAUUCUAGCCUUGACUCAUCCGGCUCUCCUUCACGCAAUCCUCGCCAUCGCAAGUUUACAGAUUGCGAAACUCCAAUCCGUACCGCCUACAGCGUCUCUUAAACACUACCACCUAGCUCUGAGGAGAAUUGCGCGGAACGUUGGUCGGCCAAACAGGCGAGCCCAACCUGCGAACCUGGCGGCGACGUUAGUUCUAUCAUUUUAUGAAGUAUGGAAUUCCGACCACGAUAAAUGGAGUAGGCAUUUGCUAGGUGCGCGUUUGCUAUUCAGAGAAAUACCGUUCGCCGAGAUGACGCGAAAUAUGAUGGCAAUCAAACUUCAGAUGAGGUUGCAAGAAAUGCAACAAUCUCCAAUCGAUGCGUUUGGAAUGUUCCCAACAUAUGAGGAAAACGGACCUUUGCAUAAGGACUGGGAUCUGAUUGAUGUGCCUCUACUAAGCGCAAUAACUGGUAGAGAUAUCUCGUAUGAUGAAUUGGGAAUGGUCCCUGAAGAACGAAGCCAAUAUCGGAGAUCGAGAACACAACACACAGAGAGGGAUAUGGAGAAGUACCAGCAAAUGAGCGAUCUUUACUGGUGGUACUGUAAAAUGGACGUAUACCAAAGCAUCCUUGGUGGAACUCAAUUAUUCCUGGAGUAUAACCAAUGGACUCAAUGCCCGCCAAGAGCCCCAAUGGGGAGGCUCGAUGCUAUAUAUGGCACGUACGACCACCUAAUGCUGUUGCUCGGCCGUUUAGCAAGUUUCACGUCAAAGGACCUAACCCGCAAGCGCGAAGCGUUCAAGGCGAACGGACCGGGCCGCGGGGGUUCGCCGGGAAUGUUUCCGGGCAUGGUACCUCGCCAUCCAGAGAGGGUGACGGUGCCGAUGGGCUUCACCCCGCCGCGGGAGACGUCGCCGCCCAGCGACGAGUCCUCCGAGAAUAUCGACCUCGACACUAGUACCGCCGAGGCGUAUCGCGAGUGGGAGGAGAUCCGGCAGGCCUUCGAGACUUUAAAGAGCCACUUCGGUCCCGAAUUCCAACCCCUCGGCGCCGACAUCUACCCCGCGAAGGCGACCCCGUUCGGCCUCGCGGCUCAUUACAGGACGUACUCCAUCGCGGGCAUCUGGAUGAACUUUUACAUGGGCCUUAUCGUACUGCACCGCGCCCAUCCGACUAUGCCGCCUAUCGCUAUGGUGGCUGCCGGCCUUUCGGCGAGAACUACGGCGGGUUACUGUAUGGAAGUUGGUCGCAUCGCGGCUGGACUGGAGGAGAAUAUCGAGCAACUCUCAAACGUGAGUACGCUGAUGGCGGCUGCACUGAUUGAAUGCUGUUUCCCGUUGUUCGUGGCGGGUAUCCAGUACCACGAUGACUUCCAGCGACAAUGGACAAUCCAACGGCUCCACGAUAUCGCGCGGCUGACAGGAUGGCAAUCAGCGCGACAGAUCGCCGUCGGAUGCGAGUCCGCCUGGAUCAAAGCCGCGCAGUUAGGCCGCGGACCGCCAUAUACAAGGUCCGUCAACCUGAACAUCGAUCCCCCGGGUUCGAUCUGGGUGCAUGCCCGCCGCCUCGACAAGCGCAUCCAAGAGAUCGAUCUCGACGAGUCCAAGAUCGUCCUUGCCAAAGGCGAGAAGGCAUCUUAUGCCAUCGGCUUGCUGGCCGUGGAGCAUGAUCUCGAGAGGCUGGAUUUAGAGACCAGUGAGAGGAAUGGGCGGUAGGUUUUUUCUAGCCUGGAGAUCUUAUAUAGCGACUUACUUAUCUACUUGGAUACUAAGGAGGUAAGGGAUAGUGUGGGGGGAUGUGGAGAUGUAGGAAUAGGAUUCUACGUUUUCAUGAAUGCACGGACUAGAUACGGGAUACGGAUACGGAUGCGGAAAUGGAAAUGAAGAGGCGUUUGAGUUGAAAUAAAAAAACUUAGGUGCGUUCGAUACCUCGCGUCGGAAGAAAAGGGGAUAUUAUGUACCUGUUAGUACGUCGGAUGCGGUGACACUUUAUAAAAAAAUCCACCUGCGCAGCUUUUAAAGUCUAAGUC